AUGGCGGAAAAAUAUCUGUCCGCGCUGCGAACUGCAGUGCUGCCAGCACGGAAGUAUACGGUUGACUUAGACCCAAUCAAAAUAUUUCCAUCCGAUCAAUUUGUCAUAGUGGAGAGAAUUUGUACAGAGGAUGCGUUGACAGAGACAGAGAGGCCUACCGAUAUAGCCUCCAGCCAAACCAACCCCUCCAUUGUUACCCUUGCAAAUAUGUGUACAACCCCUGGCAACGCCGGAGCAGGAUUCGGGUAUGCCUGGUCCUUUGGUGGGCCUGGUACCGAAACCCGAGAGAACGCACAGAGCGAGCUUGCUACCAAUAUUAGUUACGCUGUUAAUAACAAUCAGGACCAAGGUUCCAGUCAAAAGAUACAAGUCGAUAUCAAACCAGCAAAAAACGUUAAUAGUGCUCAUCGCAGACCUAUGUUCGCUAUGAAUGAAAGUUGUCAACAAACUCCUACUACCCACCACGGUCACACAGGGGCUCAUAAUCAAACACAUGGUUCUCAUGUUCGCACUAAAAAGCAUCAUGAUGUUUUUCCAUUGAAUUGUGAAAAGGGAGGUUGUCAGUGUGAUGCUUCACAACCAACGCCUCCACCUUCUCUAUUUUCAAACACCUUAGUUUUUACCACAGCUGAUAAGCAUGCCAUGAGUAAGCAUUUCAUGACACCGCUUGGACCUUUGCAGCUUACUGCAGAAGAGUGCAAUGAAAUUUUAAUGAAAAGGGCAGCAGCUGCAUCUAAUCAAGCAAACUCCAAUAACGUUACUACCAGUCAAACGGAUGGCACAGCUCACUUUGGACACGUCUUGACUCAUGUAAACACUACUCAAAUCGAGACUAAAGUUAAGCAACAGCAAGAUAUGGGGAGCCAAGUUCGUGUACCUAAGGAAAGACCAUAUUCCUGUUCUGAAUGUGGGAAGUCAUUUCUACUGAAGCAUCAUUUAACCACACAUGCAAGAGUACACACAGGAGAGAGACCUCAUAUAUGCGUUCAUUGUGGCAAGAGUUUCGCUCACAAACAUUGUCUUCAUACCCACUUGCUCUUACACAGUGCGGAAAGACCUUAUCAAUGUCGAGAAUGUAAAAAGUCCUUUACGUUAAAACAUCACCUUGUAACACAUACUCGGGUACACACAAGAGAGAGGCCAUUUGUUUGCCAGGAAUGUGGAAGAGCGUUUCCUCUUAAACGCCAUUUAGUCACUCAUAGUAAAUUUCAUUCUGGAGAAAGGCCAUUUGUUUGCGAAGAAUGUGGAGAAUCCUUUUCGCAAAAGGAUCAUUUAACAAUGCAUUCGCGCUUCCAUGGCAGUUUACAUCCAUUUGUUUGUCAUGAUUGUGGGGCUACGUUUCAAAGGAAGUUUGAACUAGUAAACCAUGGUCGGUUACAUGGUAGAAUUCCACAUUCGUGUACUGUUUGUGGUAAAGAAUUUUUACAGAAGAGAACGCUAUUAGCACACAUGCGUUUACAUACAGGAGAAACACCUUUUGCUUGCACCGUUUGUGGAGAGGCAUUCCCGCGUAAAGUAGAUUUAGUUACGCACUCCAAGAUUCACAAUAACAAUACGAGUACAGAUGAAAAGUCUCUUACGUGCAGGGAGUGUGGAUUAGAUUUUCCAAACAGAGAAGCCCUUACCUUACACUUAAGGCUACAUUCUGGUGAUCGAACAUUAGUAACGGAUUUAUGUGGGUUAGCAGCUGCCUUCCAACAAACUCCUGGACACUUCCUAACUCCAAAUACUCCUGGAACCCACCAGAUGAAUGGACCUAUCGGAACACCCGGUGUUAGCCAUAUGCACGGUGCAACGCAAACAUCCCCACCAGUUGGUUCGGGUCCUAAACCAAAACCACAUAUCUGUCCGGAUUGUGGCCGCGGGUUUGCUCAAAAACAUGGACUGUCGCAACAUCAACGACGCCACACGGACGGCAGUUGUCAUAUAAGGUCACACGUGUGUGACAAGUGUGGAAAGGCUUUCUUCCAGAAGAAUCAUUUGUUAUUACAUCAACGUCAGCACAUGGAUCCUCCGCCGAGUAUACUUCGGCAACAACAAAGACAAGCGGCACAAGCUGCCGCUCAACAAGCUCAACAGCAACAGCAAGCCCAACAACAGCAACAGGCGCAGCAGCAGCAGCAGGUCCAGCAGCAACAGCAGGCGCAGCAGCAGCAGCAGGCGCAACAACAGCAGCAGGCGCAACAGCAACAGGUUCAACAGCAGCAGCAGCAGCAGCCACAGCAACAACAACAAACGUGUACCGUCGAUACUAAAACAAUUCAGUUGCAAGCAAUACAGCAACAAGUUCAACAACAAGUCCAGCAACAGGUACAACAGCAGCAGCAACAGCAGCAACAACAAGCGUGUUCCGUGGACACAAAAGCAAUACAGUUGAAUGUCACCAUGUGAGACGGUUUAAAGCGAAGGGACUGGAAAGUCCCCGGAACAAUAGCACUCCCAAAUGCGCACCCUGCUGCCACCCUCUGCACGCACUUCUCUUGUACUAACAUUACAUAUUAGAUAUAUUUAUUAUCUAUAGAGUCGAGUACGAAGUAAUCAAUUUUAUUACAAGAGUAUAUAUACAAAGUAUACAUAUUAUUAUAUUCUAAUAAUGUAAGGCUUGUAACAAGAAAAUAAAAA